AUGUUUCGCCGUGAAGCACGUCUUCGAAGGGAAUAUAUCUAUCGAAAGAGUUGUGAAGAGAAACAGAGAGCGAUCGACGAGAAACGCAAAAUCGUGAAAAAAGCUGUUGACGAAAAUCGCAGAAUACCCACUCAUCUGCGCAAGGAUGCAAUUGAACUGCAGAAGGCCGCACAAUGGGGAGAACAAGUAUCAAGCGUAGAUGAUGAAUAUCGAUGGGCUGGGUGUGGCGACCCGAAAAUUGUGGUUACAACAAGUCGUGAACCAUCAGCU